AUGUGCAAGGAAAAAUCUAAAGUCGAUCCACCAAUAAUUCUGCCUUUUGCACCUAUUGAAGACGAGCCAAUGUCGUCUUUGAAAGUUGAAAAAGCUAAAAUUACUUCAACUGAUACUUCACCUCCAAUACCGUCACUUGUCAGUGAGGAGAAACCCAAAGAUAUAGUUUUACAACCUACUGGAAUUACCGGGAGUGCUGAAGAAAGAAACCUGACACGACAUCACCCCGGUCACUUUCGCGAUGAUCCGGUAGCUUUUAUGAUACAAAUGGGCGCCUUCUAUCAAGGAACGGGUUGGAGAAGUUACAAAAAUUAUAUAGGAACAAGGAUAUUAUACGAGGGAUAUACAGAAGAAGUAAAAGAACGGGUUCUUAAUAGUGAACGCGUUCUUUACAUGAUUGCUUAUCUGGCCGAAAAGCAGGCCAACCAACUUGCACAAUCAAUACCAAAUGUUACAUCAAAGAUGAUUGCAAAAAGGAAAAAACUACUAGAAAAGGAAUUACAAGCUGUUGCAAAUGGGAUGGUUGAUAAAUUAGUUGCAGACCUUAAUAGUUUGCGGUUUAUUAGACUUUUCGGCUUUUUUGUAAAUAAUAUACUAGUAAGAAUGUAUCAUCAAGGAAUUCACAUAUCAGAACGCGAGUUUCUUGAGGCAAGAUCAAUUAAACUUUUAUCUGUUAUUGCUGCUCAAAAUUCACAAUCUCUUAUUAUCCUUCCAUGUCACAAAUCUCAUAUUGAUUAUCUCGUCAUAUCAUAUAUAUUUUUCCGGUUGGGACUUGCUCUUCCACAUAUUGCCGCAGGCGAUAAUCUUGAUCUACCAAUUGUUGGUAGAAUACUUAAGCAAGGUGGUGCAUUUUAUAUUCGGCGUUCUUGGGGAGAAGAUCAACUAUACGGUAGUGUGGUAAAAGAAUAUGUUGAGGGCUUAUUGGAACGUGGUCAUAAUGUUGAAUGUUUCAUAGAAGGUACAAGAAGUAGAACUGGAAAAUUGCUACCACCAAAGUUAGGUGUUCUAAAAAUUAUAUUAGAAUGCAUACUCUCGGAAAGGGCAAAAGAUUGUUGGAUUGUUCCUAUGUCCAUUCAAUAUGAUAAAGUAAUCGAGACGGAAACCUAUGUUAAUGAACUGUUAGGAAAUCCCAAAGAGAGAGAAAGUUUAUGGGGUAUAGUCACCAAUACAAGAUUAUUACAGCUUAAAUGGGGUCGAAUUGAUGUGCGAUUUGCCAAGCCAUAUUCGCUCAAAGGGUUUAUUGAAGAACAGAUUGUGAGGAGAAAGUCUUUUGAUCCAAAUAAUGAUCAGCAAAAGGUUACUUUGUUGAGAGCCCUUGCCUAUCAGGUUAUGUCAGACAUUGGAGUUGGUAGAAAGGAGUUAAUUAGACGUGUAGAAUGGUUAAGAGCCGCGAUUUUAGCUAAGGGAGGACGAGUAGCAGAUUUCAGUGGCAUGAGCAUUGGAGACAUCGUUGAUAGAGCGAUCAAUGUAUUAAAGGAUUUGAUUAAAGAACGAAAAGAGUUGCUGGAGCCAGUUUUUUAUGCAGAAAAAAGAUUUGAAUUAAGUUUUUACCGCAAUCAGGUGAUGCAUUUAUUUGUAUCAGAAGCUAUUAUAUCUGCAGCAAUGUAUACAAAAAUAAAACAGGGGGGAGCAAAAUCAACACAACGACUUCAUAUAUCUACACUUUUGGAUGAAGUGUCAUUUUUAUCUCAGUUGUUAAAGGUUGAAUUUGUAUAUCAACCUGGUGAGAUCGAUACAAAUUUGGAAAAUACGAUCAAAGGAUUAAUAGAUGAUCAAGUCAUGGAACUCGUAGAUAGUUAUGUUCAAUUGUCUGAUAGGGAAAGAGCAAUUGGACGAGAGAAUUAUGACUUUUACUGCUUCCUAAUAUGGCCUUUUAUUGAAACAUAUUGGUUAGCUGCCGUCAGUCUAUUCUCGAUGACGCCAACUAAUCCUCCACAACCCACAACAACAAAUGUAAACAAAACUGCAGCAAAAGAAUCUGUUCCUAUUACAUGGUUCAAUGAACGAGAUUUUCAUAAUAAAUGUCAAUUAUUUGGUAAAACGUUAUAUUAUGAAGGAGAUUUAUCAUAUUUUGAAGCUAUAAAUAAGGAAACUUUAAAAAAUGCAUUUAUUAGGUUGGAAGAAGUGGGACUAAUAAUGGUAAAACGUAGUCGAAACACAAAAGUAAUGCCAACAGUUGCGUUACAUCCUGACUAUGUACCAACAAGAAAUUCAGAAGGAGCAAUAGAAACAAAGGGUAAAUUAUGGGAUCUAGUUGAGAGGAUUGGUAAAUUUCGUAGAGAAGGGAAAAAUCGUAGAGAUAAUGCUACAGUAAGUUCGCGUGUCUUAAGAUUAGCUGAAAUGGUGGGUGCACCUACUACGGCUGACGUCGUUGUGAUGACUAAUUUAAUGAGUAGACCAGUUAAAGCUGGUAAACUGGAAGCAAAACUUUAA